CAGCAUUAAUAAUACAUAUGAAACAUAUAACUCACACAAAGUUCGAAGUUUAGAUAUAGCUAGGUGCGUGUGUAGAACGUAUAUAUGAGAUUGUACAUAGGGAUAUGAUCAGCCAAUGCAAUUUUACAGAUGCACAUGGAAAUGCGUGGGCAGCCAUGAAUGACAUUAAAUGCGUUACAACAACCGCGCUCACCUAUAUUCAUUUAAAGUUCAAUUAUUAUUAUUUUAUGUCUUCUAUUCAUGAAACGGCAAACACCAAAGAAAACACAAGAGAAAGAGAAAGAAAGAAAGAAAAGAAAGAUGAACAUGAUGAGAGGAAAAGAGACUAUUACUCCUGGAGAUGAAAGUAGGUCUCCGAAUCCAAUAUUCCCAAGAUCUCAAUCAGGAGGAGAUGAUUAUCAUCAGAGUCAAGAAGAAGCCGCCUUGAAUAGUAGCAACGGAGGCAUGCGCACUGCUGAGACCUUGCUCCGCCUCCUCCCCAUUGCUCCAUGCAUUGCUGCCCUUGUCGUCAUGCUUCACAACUCUCAGACCAAUGAUUUUGGAUCUGUUUCUUACUCCCACCUCGGAGCUUUCAGGUACUUAGUGCAUGUGAAUGGGAUUUGUGCUGGCUAUUCCCUGCUAUCGGCAGUGAUCGCUGCAAUGCCACGUCGACCACCGAAGAUGUCUCAAGCGUGGACUUUCUUCUUCUUUGAUCAAGUGAUGACGUACAUGGUACUGGCGGCCGGGGCAGCCUCGACGGAGGUUCUAUACCUGGCUUUCAAUGGGAACGUGGCCAUCACAUGGAGCUCAGCUUGCUCCUCCUUCGGUCGAUUCUGCCACAAAGCCACCGCUUCUGUGGCCAUAAGUUUCGUGGUCGUUGCUUGUUAUGCUUUGCUUUCCCUCAUUUCCUCUUACAAGCUCUUCACCAACUACCAACCUCCUACCACCGUCAAUCCCAACAAACCCUCUAUUCAAGUCGCCACUUUCAACACCGGAACCUGAGUAUCAUCAUCGUUUUAUUAUCUAUCAAAAUAUGAUGAUCUCAUGUAUUAUCACAAAUACUUAUCUUAGCUAUCAUAUGGAGUUGCUCACCCUAUAUAGGUAUACGUACUCAAACCCUUGUUUAAAUAUAAUAAAAAAGUGUAUGCAAUUAAGUAUUGUUGUAAAACAACCUUUCUUUCUACUUCGUCUUGUUAUAUAUCAAAUAAAAUAAUGGUUAUAGCCUA